UCCGCCGGACGCGCGGGCUCCGGGCGGAUGGAGGCGGUGCGGAGGUCGCGGCUGAGCCUGAGCCGCCGGAGGCCGCCCUCGGGGGUCGGGUCCCCGAGCAACCCCCCCGGAUCCCCUCCGGACGGCGGCGAGUGUGCGCGGCCGUGGGCUGAGGUGCUGCGCGCCGCGAGUGCGGACCUGAACGUGGACGGCGAGCUGCCGCCGCUGCCCGCGUUCCCCGGCCAGGAGCCCAGGCGCAGCCCUGAGCGGGCGCCCCCGGAAAGCUUCACCGUGGGAACCGAGACCUUCUCCUGGACGCCCUUCCCGCCGGCCCCGCGGCGAGGCGGGGACCCGAGCCACUCCGACCGGGUGCUCCGCGAGGCCCUGGGGCGCACGGGGUCCUCCGCCUGGUCCCCCCAACGACACUCCGCGCCCGAGCCCCGCGGGACCUCCAUCGCCGAGGAGCAGCCGUCCGUGGAGGGGUCGCCGACACUGCAGAGCUGCCCCAUGUGCCAGGCCGACUUCGCCCCCAGGCUGACCCAGCUGGACGUUGACAGCCACCUGGCCCGGUGCCUGGCGGAGAGCGCGGACGACGCGGUGUGGUGAGCAGCGAGGCCCACGCUUCCCCUCCACCGGCUGGGCCGCCUCCCCUCUGCUCUGCACCCCCAAAGCUGUAAUAUUAAAGCGCGUCAGUGGGAGGUGUUCACGUCCCAUCUCUUUGUGUUGAGGCCAGAACGUUGGGUCCUUUUUCCUUUUUGGCUGAUGCCGAGCAGCGUGAUGACUGAAGUGGACACGGCCGCUCGGCAGACAGCAGCCCCAGGCAGGUGACAGAGACAGUCACCAGCAGUUUGGCUAUUUGUACCUGAGUUGGCACAAGAACGGACCUUUUGCUCACCCCUUGGACUCAGCUCACAUUUCACGACCGUGUUUGAACCCCCAGGGGAACCUGCCCCUUCCGCAGCUGCAGGUUACUGCCAGCAGGGAAGACACUGUCGCUGGUGCCUGUCAUCACCCGCAGGGGUUCAGAGCAGCUCCCCUCAAGUCGCGAGUUCACGGGGAGGGACCAGGCCCGCCUGCCGACAUCCUGUGUGAGCUGUGUCAUGUUCAGGCUCUCAGUGCCCGUGGGAAGCAGGGCCAGAGAGCGUGUGCAGGUAGUUUUCCUUCCGGUGCUGUUGGCCCACAGGUCCUGGAAGAGCCUCGUCUCCAGCACAGCCACGGCGGCGGCAGCACUGGCGGGGGGCGGGGGGUAGGAUGCGGAAGUCGAAGGUUAACUCCCAGAAGUUGGUAUUUUCCUUUCAAAAAUGGCUUCAGGGGCUUCCCUGGUGGCGCAGUGGUUGAGAAUCUGCCUGCCAAUGCAGGGGACACGGGUUCGAGCCCUGGUCUGGGAAGAUCCCACAUGCCACGGAGCAACUGGGCCCGUGAGCCACAAUUGCUGAGCCUGCGCGUCUGGAGCCUGUGCUCCGCAACAGGAGAGGCCGCAAUGGUGGGAGGCCCGCGCACCGCGAUGAGGAGUGGUCCCCACUUGCCGCAACUGGAGAAAGCCCUCGCACAGAAAUGAAGACUCAACACAGUCAUAAAUAAAUACAUAAAUAAAUAAAAGAACGUGAAUUUCUAAAAAAA